GAUGGUUCACAUGGAAUCAACUUGUUGAAGCAUCAAAGAAAAAAACAUACCAAGGAAGUCUAUGUAUCAAGAAAUUGGCAAACUCAAUUAUUAUUCAGUUUUGUGAGUAGAACUAGUGUCAAUAAGGAUAUAUUUUUGGUAGGUACAUCACCUUGUUAA